GACGAAUGUGGCGACAAGAGGAGAGUGGGGGGAGGGCUUCCUGAAGCCGAAGGUUCCGCCCCCUUAGGCACCCCAGCGGCUCCGGCGCCUGGGGCUGGGGGGCUGCGGGGCUGCGGGGCUGCGGGGCUGCGGGGAGGCCCCAACCAGGAAGCAGCAGGACUGCUUUCCUGAAAACGUUACGGGCAGGGGGGUACGCUAGAUAGUACUGCUGGGGGCGGGGAAGUCCGCUGGAGAGCGCAGGAGCGGCGGGCGAAGAUUAUCCUAACUUUGAGGUCCGCCCUGUGCCCAGGAGGGUGGUCAAGUCUGCUUUCUGGAACACCGAGGUAGCACUGCCCUCCCUACAGAGGCCGACAUUAAAAUCGCAACUGGAGAACGGAGAGCGAGGCCUGCUCAUCCAGGAGAAACAACCGCAAAAUCAGUAUCUUUCUAGAAAAGCUUUGGAAUAGGAGAGCUAUUCCACCCAGAAUGGAAGUGUGUCCUUACUGUAAGAAGCCAUUUAAACGAUUAAAAUCCCAUCUUCCGUACUGUAAGAUGAUAGGACCAGCUGUGCCUGCUGUUUGUCAGUCCAAGCCGGCUACCCUCGCACGUGCUAAAAAAAUCAAAGGGCCAAUCAGAGACUCAGUUAAAGCAAAAGAGAAAGGGUUAGGGACAGAUAGUAAGAAAAGAAAUCCUGAACUGAAAGGGGACAGAUCAGAACAACAGACAGUUAAGUCCUCUCCACGACUAUCUGUUGGUUUGGAAAAAACAAGUAAUACAAAGGCUGAUAAAGACUUCAAGAAUCAAAUUCAACCCUCCCUCAAAAUGCUAAAAAAUACUGAACAGAAGAUUACUUCCCAGGGAGAAACUACAGCUCAGUUUUCUGCAUCAGAAAACACCACUCCUAAAAAAGAGCUUGCCGAAGACUUGUCUAAAUCAGGGGAAAGCAGAAAUAACCCUUCAGAGACUGAAGCUUCUUUAGCUCUUGGCCCAAUGGAACCUUCUCUGUCAAAUCAAGAUAGGAAAUAUUCUUCAGCCUUUCCUAAUGAUGUACAAGCCACUUCUGCUGAUUUAAGAUUGGACAGAGUGGAUGCCCCAAGACAGAACCUUCUCAUAAAAUUACUAGAUAUGCCUCUGGGCGAUUAUCACAGUUCUCCCACGAAUCUCAAUUACGGGGUUGAAAGGGUAAGCACAUCAUCAAGCAGUGAGAGAGAUUCCAAGGCCGGGGAUCACCUCUUGGGAGUCUCUACUAGAGACUCCGGGACUUGGGAAAAGAACACAGAAUCACAAAUUGCAGCUUUUAAAGUUAGCCCGUUAGGUAAAGUCCAGGUCAAGGAGAACCAGGGAAAAGGACUUGACCUUGGAGCAGAGGCAUGUGGGAGCCAAGGAAAUGCAGAGAAAAGUGCAUUUGCAACAAAAAUGCAGGAGUGGGCUGCCGUGAGCGAUGAUUCAGUCAUGGAGAGGAAACCUCGAGGUGAAGGCCCCAAUUUAGAGUUGCUCACGCCAACGGGGACAAAUUGCAGUGAGCUUCUCUCUGUAUCACAGUCACGUAAUCAAAGUCUUGCCUCUCUGGCUAUGAAAUUUCUCCAAGAAGAGAAGGCAGAAGCCUGCAGCCGUAAUCAAGUCCCUGCUAUGAAGGCAUUGACAAAGAGUGAGGAACAAGCUUCUCUGACACCCAAGUCGGGCCGUCGGCCACCAGCAUCGCACCCCAGGGGCCAGCAUUCUGCACAUUCAACCCAUCAUCACGCUUCUAAAGGCCCCUUCACAGGUCAGAUCGGUGCCACCGACAGAAAGACCCUAUCCAGCUCCCUGGGGCUGGAGUGGUUUCCAGAGCUCUAUCCGGGUUAUCUUGGACUCGGGGUGUUGCCGGGGAAGCCUCCGCAUUGGGGCGCAUUGGCCCAGAAGCCUGCGCUCAUCAGUACCCAGGGGGGAAGCUGCUCCCAAGUUCCUUUGUUGGAAAGAAGUUCGACGGCGGUAAGAAGUUUGGAAGCCCCGGCCAGGCUCACAACCUCCAGCUUUUCUCUAAGGAGGCUCUUGGGAGCUGUCCAAACAGGCUGGAUCAGGUGUCGCACCACCGUGCAGAACAGAGGAGUCGGUGGCAUCGUGAUGCUCUUCACAGGGUGCUUCGUCCUUUGUUGUAGCUGGAGCUUCAAGCAUCUGAUGUGAAUGUCUGUGUAAACUGUCUUUGUGACCUUGAGCCAGUGACUUAACCUCUCUGUGCCUUGGUGUCCUCAUCUGGUGUUCGGCAGAGGUGCUUGGCAGCUGUACGUUGAGAGAGAGACAGCAGUCGACAGCCCCAGACCAGCUCCACCUUGACCCCAGGAAUGUGCCUGUGCACAUGAGCUGAGCAUCGAUUCUUAAAAUGAUGUGGGUGACUUUGAAAAAGCCGUCUGAAGUUUGUCCAGAUUCUGGAAUUAUUUGAUUACGUCCACAAAGUAACAGGGAAAGGUUUCCCUGUCUACGCAUUGCUGCCAUCUGAGGUAGGGAAAUCCUUGACGACCUUUUAUCGAGUCUUUUAAUGAUUUCUUAGUAAUGUUCAAAAUAGUUUGAGAGUUAAGGUCAGCUGAUAACUGAUUCUUUUCUUAGAUUCAGAUCUAAACAAACGCAGCAUGAUCCAGGGAUAUGCCUCUUGGCUCCAGUUCGCAAUAUUGUAAACUUGCCUUACGAGGAUGCAUUUGUUGUUCAUACUACGACGUAAGUUUGUUUGCACAGCCAGGCCCACCCAUUUAUGUGAUCUGGCAGAUUCCAGGCUUCCUUAGGAAGACUAGAGGUUCUUUUCAAAGCUGGAGUUGUCCAUGAGUGAGGCUCUGCUCCAUGCAAAGCCAGUGUGCUUCAGCCAGGAGAGAGGAGCUCGUGUCUCCACAAAGCCAGGAGAGAAGUCUGGAAUGCUCUUACCAUGCUGUUCCGUUUUAAACAGCCUCCUACAUUCUGUCUCUUAAAUUGUGCUCCACAUCUUCCCUGGCACUGGUGGGAGCUUCCCUGGGUAAACAGCAGUGCUCAGAUUCUGCUUCCAGGGCAGCCGCGUGCCUUCCCAAACACGGCUUCCAGCAAUGUGUGUAGAAACGCAGCCUGAGAAUUCCCAUCCACCCUGCAGGAGAGUUAACGGUGGUACCCAGGCUUCUCUCCAUCCUCGAAGAUUUACCGGGAAGGUUCGGUUACUGGAGGCUGCAAACAUUCACAGGCACGUCUGGACACCCUGCUGUAAUGCGCAU